CUGCCCGACGGCCGUCGGAGGACAGGGAUGCUGUCUGAGGAGCCCCCGCGGCCACAGCCGGGCCCUGCUGCUGACUCGUCUUGCUGGGGGCGGAAGCGGGGGCUCAGGCUCAUCCUGUGAUUCCGGGGCCUUCAGUGGGCCUAUAUGAAAUGGGCUGCCGUACAGACUUGGGAUCUGAGGCCCUGAAGACAGGCACCCCGCACCCUGCAUGUCCUUCCCCAGGCGGCACUAGUACCCCAUCAUCUCACCGAGAUUCUCCACGUGCUCAUCAGUGUUAAGCAAGUGACCUUUACACAAAGAUUGACAGAAAAAACCUGUAAGAGUUGUUUGCAGCCAUGAAACACUCGGAUCCUUUACUGUCGUAGUGAGUGAAAUCUUCACGCGGUUGGCAGUAGCUCCUUCGUCGUUCGUUUAAAAAUAGGCAACAAGUCAGUGUGUGGCAGGUGUCGUGGUGGAAAUGGCAGGUGGCUUCAGGGGCCUCAGAGUUGGUAGGUCAGAGCGGUCUGCUGCUCCAGGGGGGAACAAGCUACAGGCGCUUCGUAUUGUAAACUUAGUUUUAAAUAAUUACAGGUGGGACAGCCGGGUGGCUCCGCGGUUGAGCAUCUGCCCUGGGCUCAGGGCGUGACCCCGUGGCCCCGGGAUCGGGUCUCAGGGGAGCCUGCUUCUCCCUCUGCCUGUGUCUUUGCCUCUCUGUGUGUCUCAUGAAUAAAUAAAAUCUUUUAAAAUACAUACAUACAUACAUGCAGGUGCACGGGCCGCUGUAAAGAACCGGCCUGGAGAACACCUGCCUCCCUGGUGUCGGAGCUUCAGCAAGAUGCCCAGGCAGCGUGUCCUGUGUGUGACCACAGAGCCGGUCGCGAUCCUGGGUGCUCACACCGGGUUCUGCACCCUUAGAGCACAUGCACGGCCUCAUGGACCCGCUACACCCACCACAUCUCUAUGUCCUGUUCCACAAAUAUGCGUACCACGCACAACAGUUUGAGGGCACGAUGUUUGCACGAGGGUUAAAGAGAAAAAGCGCCGAGGACGGGGAGGAUGUGGAAGGAGGCCUGGCGGGCACCCAGGCCACGCCUUCCUACAGCCUGCAGCGCCAGUCGCUCCUGGACAUGUCCCUGGUCAAGCUCCAGUUGUGCCACAUGCUGGUCGAGCCCAACCUCUGUCGCUCGGUCCUCAUAGCCAACACGGUCCGGCAGAUCCAAGAAGAGAUGACCCAGGACGGGACCUGGCGGGUGGUGGCACCCCAGGCGGCAGGGCGGGCACCGCUGGACCGCCUCGUGUCCACUGAGAUCCUGUGUCGCUCGGUGCGGGAGCAGGAGGGGGAGCACCCUGCCCCUGACGGAGGUGGCCGCAUGCCAGGCCUGGUCCCGGGACUUUCCGCGGUCCCAUCUGCACAGGCCCUGCGGAGCCCGCAGAGCAGCCUCUGGGAAGUGGACAGCUCUCGAGAGAACAGAGGAGGCUUUCAGAAGUCACUAGAUCAGAUCUUUGAAACGCUGGAGAGUAAGACCCCUGGCUCUGUGGAGGAGCUGUUUUCAGACGUGGACAGCUCCUACUACGACCUGGACGCGGUGCUCACGGGGAUGGUGGGCAGCACCCAGCCGGGCCACGGCAGCGGGCUCCAGGCCUUCACCUCUGCGGCCACCCCGCCCCCCGGCUCCAGCUGCAGGUCGGAUCUGGGCGAGCUGGACCACGCGGUGGAGAUCCUGGUGGAGACCUGAGAGGGCCCCUGUGCCCCGAUGGGACACUUCACGGAUGGGUUCGUAAGGCGUCCAGAGUGCUUGGCCCGGGAGUGCUCGCUGCCGUGCAUCUGCGAGCUCAGCGCCUGGUUUGUCUGUGAUGAGGAGAACCUUCCAGAACAACAUCUAGUCGCCCUCUCCCCUUUCUUCCUGAAGGGGCUGCGCGGUUUUCCAUUGGGCUGGUCACCCAGGCCGGCCGCUGGUGUCCUGCUGCAGCUCCGUGACCAGCCUGGUUUAACUUUAGAUAGGUGAAUUUUUUUAAAUUAAGUUUUAUAUGUUUUGGGCAAUAUUUUGUCUUAAGAUAUAUUUUUUAAACUUUUUAUACUUUUAUCUUUUUAGAUUUUUUCAGCUAUUUUCUUAAAAGUAUAUUUUUUCUAUAAACAUUUUCUGCUGCUACAUUAGAAACUUAUAACCUAAACAGUUGCAGUCGGUGUAUUUCUUUUUAUAAGGUUUAAAUAAGGACUUUCUUACACGAGGCUUCACUACAUUCUGUGUAGCGUACCUGGAUCGUGAGUUUUCUCUUUAUGUUGGCGUGAGCCUUCUCCUCGUCCUGCUGCAGUCAGAGCACCUUGCGCUGCCCACCUCUUAUUCCUGAGUGUCAUUACCACAUCUGCCGUGCCAGCCACGUCUCCAGUGUGGACCUCGGAGGGUUUUAUUUAUGCCUAUUUGUGUGUCAGUGUUGGAGGCGGGGGUCUCCGGCCCCCGGGGGCCUCAGGCGGUGCCUUCAGGGGCUCUGACUCCCGGGCCCCCUCCUGUACGUGCCCUGCCACCGUGGAGGCCCCUGACUGGCGUGGACAUUGAUCAAGGGAAGCGUCAUUAAAAUGUGGUGAGGAGGCCGGGGGGGGGGGGCUCUCCCGCCGUCCCACUGGACAUCAAGGGUCGUAAGUCACAGGCCCAGCAGGAAAAGCUUCGGCCGGAGAGUUGGUUCCAGGCCCCACGGGAAGAAACCCACGAGAAACGGCCAGAGAUGAGUCCCUGUCACCCUGGACUCCCACUUCUCGCCUGUGGACUCCUGUUCAAAACAGCCCUUCCAACUCCUCCCUUCUCCAUAAAUAACGUUCCUCUCAUUUGUUGGCCUUGCCUCUGGUUCUGCCAUGGUGGGUUGCAAUUCUCUUAUUCCUGAAUAAGCCCAUUCUGCUGGUAAAACGGUCAACGCUCGCCUGGCCGCUGGACCCACGUUUACUGGGCUGGCGUGCACAGGCUGCCGGGUGCCCAGGGUGUGGGAAGGGCGCUGUCUGGGGACCGCAGGCCUGCAGAGUGCCACGCUUGCUCUGGGACGCUGGUGCUGGGACAGAACUUCGAGGUUAAGUCUAGAAUUAAAUUUGGACACUCACUACAUGUGACCUCCCAAUCCCGGGGGCCGUUGGGGGGUUGGUGGGGCAGUGCCACCUAAGUGGGCUCUGGGGUACCUGCAUGCGUGACCCCAUGACGCUGUCCUGGACGCUAGGAACACUCAGACUUUUAUUUGUUUCACUGGUUGACAUGUAAGACCGCACUCUCUCCCCACCCCUGCCCCACUCCUGCUUCUGCCUUUCCUUCCUUACCCAGCCCUUGGCCAAAAAGACCUGUUUCUUUCCAACAUGUGACCUUUCCUUAACAUCAGCCAUGUAUGCGUCUCUAUUAAAAAUUAUCCAUCAAACCAAA